UUAUAUUUUUCCUUGAUCUCUCUCAUUCUUUGCUCGUAGAUCAUUCGUCCAAACUCCAACAAUGUCGCGGGGUCGGUUUGCAUGACUUUCAUCUCGGCCUCCUGCUCCUUUAGCUUCAUGUUACGCAGCAACCGAUGGUGCUACCAGAUCAAGCCGCGUCAGGUGAAAGGCCCAUUGAAGAAUCCGGGCGUGAGGAUCAAGACGGCCCGGUUAGGGUUGCACGUAGAAGCACGAGGCCUUCGCAGAACAAUUUUGCAGCAGGAAAUUGAUGCACGCUUGGCCGCCCACACCUCCCGGUUAGACGCACAGUAUGCCCGUGUCGAAUCUUUGUACUUGAAUCCGCACAAUGGACAGAUCUUCCACCGGCGUCACACCGGCAGCGGCGAAGGAUCUGGAGCAUCCUACACGCCGAAGCCAAAGCUUGAAUCCCCCAAGUGUGAUGGAUCCGAAUCACUUCGUUGGCUCUAUAAGGUUAAGGAGUACUUCGAGUUCUAUGACACGCCUUCCAGUGAACGGCUUCGUUGCGUCGCCCUCAUGCUCGAAGGACUAGCGGCCGAUUGGUUCCACUGGAGAAUGAAGAAUAAGUUGAUUGACGGUUGGGAUGACUUUGUGCACAAGUUUAAGCUCCGCUUUGACCCUGACCACUUUGUGGAUUACUUCAGACAAUUGGCUAAGUUGCGCCAACGCGGGUCCGUCAUAGAGUACCAGGAAGAAUUUGAGAAAAUCCUCCAACAUGUUACUGGCGCCAGUGAGGACAUUUUAAUCUCUCUCUUUCAUGCAGGGUUAAAGCACCAUCUUCAACAGGAGAUCUCUUUGCUCAAGCCCGAAUCAUUAUCCGAUUCCUUCACGUUGGCUCGUGAACUCGAGGCCAAACACACAGCUCUCCUCCAUUCGGUUCACCAACGCCAGGCUUACAUCCCAAACAGUGGGCAGUUGCGGGGGGUUCCUACGGCUUUAAACCUACGCCGCAACCACCCUUGCUGCCAACGCCCCCUAAACCAACACCACCAGGGCUGCCCGGGCACAUCAAGCGUCUAUCCCGAGCGGAAAAAAAAGCCAAGGAUGCUAAAGGGUUGUGCUACAAUUGCGAUCAAAAGUGGUCACGCACGCACAAGCUCUAGCAACAGGGUCGCAGAUGCCCUUUCACGGAGGGACGACGCGGGGGAGUUGGCAGCCUCAUUUUUUCAGCUUUCUCGGCCAGUACCCACCCUUGUGGCGGAUAUUCUUCGGGAGAACACUUCUAAAGCUGACCUGCGCCACUUGCAUGAAGCCGCCAAAUCCAGGUCCCUACCAGCAGACUAUUCGAUCGCAGACGGCCUAGUGUUCUAUCGCCGGCGUGUUUGUAUUGGUAAGGACUCAACUCUCCGUUAUAGCCUUCUUCGGGAAUACCACGACUCUCCCUUGGCAGGCCACCCCGGAGUCCAGCGUACUUUUGCUUGGUUAGCUAUGCACUUCUAUUGGCCGGGGAUGCGCCGGGAUGUGCAACGUUACAUUGAAGCUUGCACCAUCUGUCAGACCACAAAGCAUUCCACACAGCCCCUAGCCGGAUUAUUACAACCGCUUCCCAUUCCCCAACUUGUUUGGGGCGAUACCUCGAUGGACUUCAUUACGGGGCUGCCGCCAUCGCGGGGUUAUACAGUCCUCUUUGUCGUGGUAGAUCGCCUGUCCAAAUAUGUGCAUUUGGGACCUCUUCCUUCGGAUUUUGAUGGACCACUAGUAGCUUCCCUUUUUGUGGAUAUUGUUGUCAAACACCAUGGGUUUCCCCAGAGCAUUGUCUCCGAUCGCGAUAAGAUUUUCAUGAGUCGUUUUUGUUACCACUCGGGACUUCGAAUGACCCCGUUCCAAGUUCUGUAUGGCCGGGAGCCACCCACAUUGCUACCCUGUUCCCCUGGUGAUUGUACCGUUCCCGCCGUGGAUACCCUCCUAACCGAACGCACCACACUACUUCAGCGGCUCCAGCAAUACCUCCACGAGGCGCAGGCCCUGCCACUGCCCGCCGAAUUAGUGGACGGCCGCCCCUCAUCUCACCCAGUGAAGGUUCAUUCCUUGCGCACAACCUUGGUGGGGACACUACCCGUCCGUCAGGCCCUGGUCGAAUGGUCCGAUGGAGGCAUCAACGACGCAACUUGGGAGCCCAUUGACAUGCUCGCGCGCCAAUAUCCAGACCUCCACCUUGAGGACAAUGUGGAUUUUGAUCCGGGGGAGAGUGUUACGCAGCAACCGAUGGUGCUACUAGAUCAAGCCGCACCAGGUGAAAGGCCCAUUGAAGAAUCCAGGCGUGACGAUCAAGAUGGCCCGGUUAGGCUUCACCCUCUCUUGUUCUUGGAGAUUGAACGCCCGAAGUUGUUCAAUCAUUGCCCGGCCGAUUUCGUCGCGGGGAGAAGCGAAAACAGAGGCGGACCCUCACGAACCAGAGGCAAUGGAUUUUGCCUUCUUUCUUCCGAUCGGCCAUGGAAUGGGGCCCUCGUCAUCGGAAUCCGCAACGUUGAAGGGAGGGAUUUGAUCGGUAGAACCGAUAGUCUCGUCGACCUCAACCUCGACAUUGACGGUGGAUCUUUUCCGGAACGAUCCGCCGUCGGGAUUGUUGAGUUGUUGCCACUUCGGGGAACGACUCAAAAUCCUCCAAAGAUCGAUGGGCACCUUACCUUGGUGCCCGUCGUCUUGAUACCGGGUCGUGGCAAACCGGAGAACAUCAGCGUCGUUCGUACCACUCCUCCGGAACCGGGAGCAUUCCUCGUAAACUCCGAUAAACUUUCAGACUUUACGGUUGAUGUGGCUCCAUUUGGAAUAAGUUUUGAUGACAAAAUUUAUGUGUAUACUGUUCCAAAAUUAAUGGGAUAUUGAAAUUUUCAAAUCGUCACUCAUUUUCUUUAAGGUAAAUUUAACUGGAUGUACGAAGAAUUAGGUACAUCCCACAAACACAACAACAACAACCCAGGUAAAUCCCACAAAAGUAGGGUCUGGGGAGGGUGUGUGUACGCAGACCUUGCCCCUACUCGAAAGUAGAGAGGCUGUUUCCAAAGAGACCCCCGGCUCAACGUCGAAAGUUGCAUUGCUUGACUAACUGCUACUUCAUUAAUUAAAGAAGCGCAGACAGUUUAGAGAUCCAUUUUGAUUUAUUCCAUCACACCCCAAAGCCAAAAAUGGUGAAAUUUUGGCUCCAUCGUUUAAAAUGAAUAUUUAUUUUUAGG